AUGACCACACUGAAGCGCAUCCGCGACACGCUGGUCGCACAGCAGCAGUCGCCGCCGCCGCCGCCGAAGCGGUCGCGCAAAGAGGUCGUGGUGCGUGACCGCUGCACGCUGCAGGAGGUGUGCCACGGCAUGCACCGCCGCGAGGCUGCGCGUGCGUUUGUGAAUGUUCUCGCGCUCGCAUCGAAGCGUGUGGUGUCGGUGCAGCAGCCGUCGCUGGCGGGCGACGUGGAGUUGGGCCUUCUGGAUGUCGCCGAGAGCCUCCUCGCCGCCGCGUGA